AACAAAAAUCUUCGAAUAUUACAUAUUUGCCCUCCUAUCUGGAGGAUUUACACCUCCCGAGUCCAAAACCUCUCCUUCCCCAGUCCAACCCAAAAUGAAAACCACACUCAAUUAACGCAAGUGCUUUCAGAAACCUGCUGUUUUGCCGUGCAGAAAUUACGGAAGGAAGUUCAGACCUCAUCAAGCUUGUAGGUGCAGUUCAUGAACUCCUAGGUUUGUAAAAUUUGUGAUAGAGCUUGAGUUGUAUGGGAUAAAUGAACUUUUCACAAGGAUUGGAAUAGUAGCCGGUCUUGUAAUCAGAAAGAAUUAUGCAUCCAAGAAGCUGUGUCCAAGCUGUGUUGCGCAAGCAUCAUUGAAGAUGUAGGAAACAAGUAAUAUUCAUUCAAGUGGCUCAAUCAUGAUGGAGGGGUGCUGCAUUGAGCCACAAUGGCCGGCUGAUGAAUUGUUGAUGAAGUAUCAGUACAUUUCAGAUUUCUUUAUUGCACUUGCUUAUUUCUCCAUCCCUCUGGAGUUAAUCUACUUUGUCAAGAAAUCUGCCGUGUUUCCAUACAAAUGGGUUCUUGUUCAGUUUGGUGCUUUUAUUGUAUUGUGUGGAGCAACACAUCUUAUUAACUUAUGGACUUUUAGCGUGCAUUCAAGAACUGUGGCCAUAGUAAUGGCUACUGCCAAGGUUUUCACUGCUGCGGUGUCAUGUGCUACUGCCCUCAUGCUUGUUCAUAUUAUUCCUGAUUUACUGAGUGUUAAAACUAGAGAGUUAUUCCUGAAGAACAAGGCUGCAGAGCUCGACAGAGAAAUGGGUUUGAUUCGUACACAGGAAGAAACAGGUAGACAUGUCAGGAUGCUGACUCAUGAGAUCAGAAGCACUCUUGAUCGACAUACUAUACUGAAAACCACACUUGUUGAAUUAGGUAGAAUUUUGACAUUGGAAGAGUGUGCCUUGUGGAUGCCAACACGCACUGGGUUGGAGCUUCAACUAUCCUAUACUCUUCAUCAGCAGAAUCCAGUAGGAUACACUGUACCCAUCCAUCUUCCUGUGAUCAAUCAAGUAUUUAACAACAACGGUACAGUAAAAAUAUCACCGAAUUCUCCAGUGGCCAGACUAAGGCCUAUUGCUGGAAAACACAUUCCUGGGGAGGUUGUUGCAGUUCGUGUUCCACUCCUACAUCUCUCUAACUUCCAAAUUAAUGACUGGCCAGAGCUCUCAACAAAACGCUAUGCUUUGAUGGUGUUGAUGCUUCCCUCUGAUAGUGCUAGGCAAUGGCAUGUCCAUGAGUUAGAGCUGGUGGAGGUAGUUGCUGAUCAGGUGGCAGUUGCUCUUUCACAUGCUGCAAUAUUAGAAGAGUCAAGGAAGGCCAGGGAUCUUCUUAUGGAGCAGAAUAUUGCACUUGAUUUGGCCAGGAGGGAUGCUGAAAUUGCAAUUUGUGCUCGCAAUGAUUUCUUGGCUGUUAUGAACCAUGAGAUGAGAACUCCCAUGCAUGCAAUUAUUGCCCUUUCUUCCUUGCUGCAAGAAACUGAACUGACACCUGAGCAGCGCCAGAUGGUUGAAACAAUACUAAAGAGCAGUAACCUUUUGGCUACCCUCAUUAAUGAUGUAUUAGAUCUUUCAAGGCUUGAAGAUGGCAGCCUUCAACUCGAUAUAACAACUUUUAACCUCCAUUCUUUAUUCAGAGAGGUGCACAGUUUAGUUAAGCCUGUUGCCUCUGUCAAAAAGUUGUCGGUUACAUUAAAUUUAGCAGCAGAUUUGCCAGUAUAUGCGGUAGGUGAUGAAAAGCGCCUUAUGCAAACUAUUCUAAAUGUUGUCGGGAAUGCUGUGAAGUUCACAAAAGAAGGGAACAUCUCGAUCGCAGUUUUUGUUGCCAAAUCAGAAUCCUUAAGAGAUUUCCGGGCUCCUGAUUUUUUUCCAGUGCAGAGUGAUAAUCACUUUUAUCUGCGGGUACAGGUAAAAGAUUCAGGAUCUGGAAUUAAUCCCCAGGAUAUUCCAAAGCUUUUCACCAAAUUCGCACAAACUCAGUCAUUAGCUACUAGAAAUUCUGGUGGUAGUGGACUUGGCCUUGCAAUUUGUAAGAGAUUUGUAAAUCUUAUGGAGGGGCACAUUUGGAUUGAAAGUGAUGGUCUGGGCAAAGGAUGUACUGCCACUGUCAUUGUGAAACUCGGAUAUUCAGAACAGUCGAAUGAAUCUAAACUGCCUUUUGCUCCUAAAACGCAAGCAAAUCAUGUACAUUCAGACUUUCCUGGGUUAAAAGUUCUUGUCAUGGAUGAUAACGGGGUCAGCAGGUCAGCGACAGAGGGACUCCUUGUGCACCUGGGAUGUGAUUUAACAUCUGUAAGCUCAAGUGAGGAGUUCUUGCGUGUUAUAUCUCAGGAGCACAAGGUUGUGUUCAUGGAUGUAUGCAUGCCUAGCAUAGAUGGUUUUGAAUUAGCUGUCCAGAUUCAUGAAAAAUUUACUAAACGUCAUGAACGGCCAAUGUUAGUCGCACUCACUGGAAACAUGGACAGGAUGACAAAGGAGAACUGCAUGAGGGUUGGUAUGGAUGGAGUUAUACUAAAACCUGUUUCAGUAGAUAAGAUGAGGAGCGUUUUGUCAGAACUAUUAGAGCAUCGAGUUCUAUUUGAAGCCAUGUAAGAUACAAAUGAAGGGUUGGAAGAAGUUUGAAAUGAAGGCUUCCACGAGCAACUUGUACCAUGUACAGAGGAUGCGGCAUUUAUUGGUAUACAAUAAAAAGUUGGAGCAAUGUUACAAGAUGAAAUUGGUAUGUUGAGGAGCAGUCUCCUGUUUCCAUGUAUUAUUAUUGUUCAAUUGUUAUAAAAUAGAAGCAAAAUGAAUAAUAUUGGUCAUCAUCAAGUGCAAAGCUGUUUUUCCUUUAUAUGGAUGAUUCUAUCUCACCCGAGUUGUGUCUUACAGAGCAAUAGUGUAUAUUUAAGUUCCCUGAAUAGUGCACUCUUCCUGUUGAUGCACAACCAUUUCUUCAACUA